CUGGGCGCUCGAUGAAGCUCUGAAAUUUAGAUUAAAAUUCUGUACCCUAAAUGAUCCAGACGGUUUGCGGGCAAUCACUGCCAGUUUGAACCAUGCUAAAGCACGCUUUGCAAAGAGAUGAUAGCGGAGAUUCACCGCGGGGGACUCAAAAUUCUUACGAUACCGAUGAAACUUUACCAAAAUCACUUGCCUAUGGCCCAGGCAUAUACCACCCUGGCGCAGAUGUCAUUGCUGAUAUAUCUGUCACUGAUGAAAAGGAAUUUGAGGAAGAUGACAUCGAGGAAAGCAUUCGUAGUGCUCUGAUAAGCGGUUCUUUUAACGUGGAACAGUUGAAUGGUAAUAUGGCAAGCCUGAUGAAUUUACUGAAAGGCAACAUUGGCACCGGAAUCCUAUCCAUACCACUUGCUAUCAAACAUGCCGGAUUGCUAGUAGGAAUGGUUGGCAUGAUCGUACUUGGCAUCGUCUCUGUCCACUGCAUGCAUCUGCUGUUGAUCUGUGCUCGCGAGUUUGGUGACAGAUUCGCUGUAAACUUAUUCAUCAUCGUAACGCAGUUAGGCUUCUGUUGUGUGUAUAUAGUUUUCAUUGCAGCCAAUAUUAAGCAGGUCAUGUUGAUGAAAGUCAUGAUGGCUGUAAGACACAAGAAGAAGAUCCUAAGAGAUUGCCGUAGUCUGCUUUAUAAAUGGGAGAAAGAUAAAAAAGAAUAA